CUCCGCACCUGCCGGUCCUGUGUCCUGGAGCGGGCGCCCCUGAUUCUGCCGGGGCCAGGGAAGGCCAUGGUUUUCCUACCCCGGCCCCCUGCGACCAACUUGGUGCGGUUAUUUAUCCUGGGGCUAAGUACCCUCGCAUUUCCCUCCUGGGCCCAGCUGCAGCUGCACGUGCCUCCUGGCCUCACCAAGUUGCAGGUGGUGGAGGGAGCCGAUGUGGUGCUCCCCACGUGGUACACCCUGCAACUGGAGGAGCCCUCCUCCCAGCCCUGGGAAGUGCUCUCUGCGAUUUGGUACUUGCAACAGAAAGGGAAGGACCAGGAACAGCAGGUGUUGGCGUACAUCCGUGGGGCCACCAUAAGCAAGCCUGGAGUAUCCCUGGUCUACUCCAUGCCCUCCCAGAACGUGUCCCUGAAGCUGCAGGGCCUCCGAGAGAAAGACUCCGGGUCCUACUACUGUUCUGUGAAUGUGCAAGACAGUCAAGGCAAAGUCGGGGACCACCGCACCAGCCGAACGUUAGAACUCAAUGUGCUCGUUCCUCCUGCUCCUCCAUCUUGCCGUGUCCUGGGUGUGCCCCGUGUGGGGACCAAUGUGACCCUGAGCUGCCGGUCCCCUAGGAGUAAGCCUGAUGCCCAGUACCAGUGGGAACGGCCACCCCCAUCACCCCAAGUUUUCUUUCCACCAGUUUUAGAUGCCUUCCGGGGGUCUUUAAACCUCACAAACCUUUCCACAUCCAUGUCUGGAGUCUAUGUGUGCAAGGCCCACAAUGAUGUGGGGAGUGCCCGGUGCAAUGUGACCCUGGAAGUGAGCACAGGGCCUGGCUCUGGAGUGGUUGCUGGAGCAGUUGUGGGCACCCUGCUUGGCUUGGGGCUGCUGGUUGGGCUGGUCCUUUUGUACCAACGCCGCCGCCAGGGCAAGGCCCUAGAAGAACGGGCUAAUGAUAUCAAGGAGGAUGCAGUUGCUCCCCGGACCCUGCCCUGGUCCAAGGGCUCAGAUACCAUCUCCAAGAAUGGGACCCUUUCUUCUGUUACCUCGGCCCGAGCCCUCCGGCCACCCCAAGGCCCUCCCAGGCCUGGUGCAUUGACCCCCACAGCCAGCCUCUCCAGUCAGGUCCUACCUUCACCAGCGCUAAGCAGGACAGAUGAGGCCCACCCUCGACCAAUAUCCCCCAAUCCUGGGGGGGUUUCUUCCUCUGCUCUGGGCCGCAUGGGAGGUGUCCCAGUGAUGGUGCCCGCCCAGAGUCAGGCUGGGUCUCUGGUAUGACAGUUGAGUCACUGCUGGCUCUGUCAUCUGGUUUCCCUUCUCCCUCUAGGGGUCACCCCUAGCACAGAGGCCGAAGUCUUGGGAGGAUGGCCACCUCCAGACUUUGCUCUUCUGCCCUCAUUGUCCUUUACUAUGUGAAAAAUGAGUCUCAGCUAAGACCCACAUUUUCAGGAGGUAGAAAGAGAAGAGGAAGUGGACCUGGAAUGAAGAAGUCUUCCCCUCCACCCUUCCCUUUCCCUAAUCCUCCUAAGGCUGUGGCAAAUGCAGCUGAGGUUGGGUCCUCCUAGGACCCUGGUGGGCACUGUCAGGCCGUGUGUCCCCCAGGCCCUGCCAUCUGUACCCUCUCCCCUACCUAACACUACCUUUCAUCCCACUCCAGCUCCCCACAUGAAUGUAACCUGUCCUGCUGGCUUGGUUGGGUUUUGUUGGGGUAAGGGAGAUACUUUUUAAACUAACUUGA